AAAAACCACCAACCCUUCUCUCUCUCUCUCUCUCUCUCUCUCUCUCUCUCUCUCUCUCUAAAAUCUCUGCUUCAUUUUCUCUCUCCAAACAUCCCCCUUGUUCGUUUUUAGUAACCCUUAUCAUCUCUCUCUUCCUCUCAAGUUUCAACCUUUCUUUCUUUCUUUUACACUUGCAACUUUCUCUCUCCAAAAAACUCACAGUCACAGCCUAUCUCUCUUUGUCUGUCUUGUCGGUCUGUCUCUCUCUCUAUCUUUCUCUCACUGCUACAACUGCAACACCAACACCUUUCCAUCUCCCUCGUUUAUCUAAUCUUGAGAGAGAUAGCUUCAUAUCUCUCUCUCUCUCUCUUUCUCUCUCUGUAUAACAAGUCUAUAUCUUUCUCUACCACUAGCUAGCUCAUCACCAUGACCAAAUUAUAAUCAUAAUCUUCAUAAAUCUCUCUCUUUUCUCUUUCUCUUUCUCUUUCUCUUUCCCUCUUAAUAAUUCCAUUCAUUCAUGGCGUACCACAACCAUCUCUCCCAAGACCUCCCUCUUCACCACUUCUCAGACCAACACCAACACCAACACCACCAAACCAUACCCGACACUUCUGACCCGAGCUCAAAACCCGGGUCUGACCACCACACACCCAAUUGGCUAAACAGCGCUCUCUUACGCACCCAGUCCCAAUACAACGACACCACCACCACCACCAACAACAACAACAACAACAACAACGCCAACAACAACACUAACACCAAUUUCCUCAACCUCCACACGGCCUCCGAAUCCGCCUCCCAAUCCUCAAACCAAUGGCUGUCACGCCCCAUCCUCCACCGUAACCACAGCGAUGUCAUCGAUGACGUGGCUGGAGACUCCAUGAUCGCCGCCAGCAUGUCCCACGAAUCAUCGGAAAACAUGAAGAACCACAACAACGAGAGCUUGAACCAGAACAACAAGAGUGAUCAUCAAGCAAUGGGAGUUGGAGUUGUGGUAGAGAGUAGUGGUGGCGGCGGUGGAGAUGGAGUGAUGAACUGGCAGAAUGCAAGGUACAAAGCAGAGAUUCUGACCCACCCACUGUACGAGCAAUUGCUAUCUGCACACGUGGCGUGUCUUCGGAUCGCCACGCCAGUCGACCAGUUACCAAGGAUCGAUGCCCAACUCGCUCAGUCGCAGAGUGUGGUCGCUAAGUACUCAGCUCUCGGACAUGGGACUCAGCCUAUGGUUGGGGACGACAAAGAGCUUGAUCAAUUCAUGACACAUUAUGUUCUGUUGCUUUGCUCUUUUAAAGAACAACUUCAACAACAUGUCCGGGUCCAUGCAAUGGAGGCAGUAAUGGCUUGCUGGGAGAUUGAGCAAUCUCUACAAAGUUUAACAGGAGUUUCCCCAGGUGAAGGUACAGGUGCAACAAUGUCUGAUGACGAAGAUGACCAAGUAGAUAGUGAUGCCAACUUGUUUGAUGGUAGUUUGGAUGGCCCAGAUACCAUGGGAUUUGGUCCUCUUAUCCCAACAGAGAGUGAGAGGUCCUUAAUGGAGCGUGUGAGGCAAGAGUUGAAGCAUGAACUGAAACAGGGUUACAAGGAGAAAAUUGUUGACAUAAGGGAGGAAAUUUUACGUAAGAGAAGAGCAGGAAAGCUUCCUGGGGACACUACCUCUGUCCUAAAAUCUUGGUGGCAAUCACAUUCGAAGUGGCCGUAUCCUACAGAGGAAGAUAAGGCAAGGUUGGUACAGGAGACUGGUUUGCAACUAAAACAGAUAAAUAAUUGGUUCAUCAAUCAGAGGAAGAGGAACUGGCACAGCAAUCCUUCAACUUCUACAGUCUUGAAGAGCAAACGCAAAAGAAGUAAUGCAGGUGAAAAUAGCGGUGAUCGUUUUAUGUAAAUGGAAGAAAAUCCUAGAACCAUUCCUCAAAUGAUCUCUGUUCAUGCUUCUUCUCAAGUGAUCAACCCACCAUUACAUAAAAAUUGUGACAGUAGAGGGCUUCUUGGUAUGGCUGUGGGCUCGAAGUAAAAUACCCAUAUUUUGUUUUUUCAAAAAGUGAGGCUGGCAGAGAGGAUGAGGUUAUGAUGAUGAACCCACUUUGUGACAUUUAACAGAUAUGCUAAAAGGCUUCAGACAGUGAGUUGCAUAUGAUGCCAACCUCAUUAGGAAGUCCAGUAUUUAGGAAUUAUAUUACUGAACUGAAUUGGAUGCAUUGGCGGGGUUAUGAUUUUUGUUUACUUUCUUCAUGCCUGUGAAUAAAAUAGCGAGAGGGUGUGGGUGUACAGUGUAAUAAUCUGUGCAUGGUACCUUAUAGUUUUUAUACUAGUGAUUAUAGCUUUUUGAAAUUAUAUUGUAGAGUUAAAUAUGUAUUAAAUAUGGCAUUUACGUUUU